AUGGAUCGCAGGGCCAAUUAUCCAGGAAAAAUCCAGCCACCGCUCGGCUCAAGGGCGGUUCUGGCCGUGGAGAACAACGAACAAGAGUUUCCGUUUGCCCUCGAGGCCCAAGGGGUCUCCGGUGGUACCUCCGAGAAUGUUUCGUUGUGCCGCGGGAGAUCCAUAUGUGCUCAGUCCAGGGACGGGGCAGGUACCGGUACCUGA